AUGAAGUUCACACUCUUUGCCUUUGUUGCCACUGCAGCCACCGCUGCCGCCUUCACUGUUGGACCCCAACAUGUUGUUGCUAUCACUCGGCCUUCCAACAGCGGUGCUUCUUCCUCGAUGACAUCUUCCAGUUUGAAAAUGUCAGAAGCUCUGGAAACACAAACUGCUUUCGCCAAGUCAGAAAUCGAAUCCAAUGAUGUUGUUGUUUUCUCCAAGUCCUACUGCCCAUUCUGCUUGAAGACCAAGGAGCUCUUCGAGUCUCUUGACGUCGACAUCAAGGUGCACGAACUUGAUGAGAUGGGUGAUGAUGGUCCAGCCCUUCAACACGCUUUGUUGCAAAUGACUGGACAAAAGAGUGUCCCCAACGUUUUUGUCAAGGGAAAGCACUUGGGUGGAAACGAUGAUACCCAAGCAGCCAACAAGGAGGGAAAGCUUAAAGAAAUGCUUGGACUCUAA